UACAGUCGAGAGUAGGGUGGACGGUGGGUGGACCAACUCCAAGCCGAGCGUGUGCCAAUCCAAGCCGGAGAAAGGGAAAUGAAAGCAGCAUUAUCAUCCUUGCUCACCUCCAAAUCUCUGAGUCUCCACCACUCCCCCUCCUCUCUCUCUCGCUCCAUUUUCCACUCCAAAUUCCUCUCUACCCCUCCGAUUUCCCUCUACCCCAAACACCACGCUAAUUCCACCAAUUUCACCCGAAUCCACACCGGCUUCUCUCCGAUAAUGGCCGCCUCUUACAAGCCCGAACAGGCCAGGGCCCCGCCUGCCCUUCCCCUGCCCACUCCCCCUCUCACCAAGUUCAAGAUUGGGCUGUGCCAAAUAUCGGUGACGCCCGAUAAGCAGAGGAAUAUCGCGCACGCUCGCAAGGCGAUCGAGGAGGCCGCUUCAAAGGGCGCCCAGCUUGUUCUCUUACCCGAAAUAUGGAAUAGCCCGUAUUCGAAUGAUUGCUUCCCAGUCUACGCUGAGGACAUUGAUGCUGGCGGUGAUGCAUCUCCUUCGACAGCCAUGUUGUCUGAAGUUUCUCGUCUUCUGAAGAUCACAAUAGUUGGUGGUUCCAUACCAGAACGUUCUGGGGAUCGAGUGUAUAAUACUUGUUGCGUCUUUGGUACUAAUGGAGAGCUGAAAGCUAAGCACCGGAAGGUACACCUUUUUGAUAUUGAUAUUCCUGGGAAGAUUACCUUCAUUGAGUCAAAGACUCUCACAGCAGGAGAGAGUCCUACCAUUGUGGACACAGAUGUUGGGCGUAUUGGUAUAGGCAUCUGUUAUGACCUUCGGUUUCAGGAGCUGGCAAUGAUAUAUGCAGCAAGAGGUGCUCACUUGCUAUGCUAUCCUGGGGCGUUUAACAUGACAACUGGACCAUUGCAUUGGGAGUUAUUGCAGAGGGCAAGGGCUGCUGACAAUCAGUUAUAUGUGGCAACCUGUUCACCUGCCCGAGAUGCUGGAGCUGGUUAUGUGGCUUGGGGCCACUCCACUCUUGUUGGACCAUUUGGAGAAGUCCUGGCAACCACCGAACACGAGGAGGCUAUAAUCAUAGCGGAGGUAGAUUAUUCACUAAUUGAGCUCAGGAGGACAAACCUCCCAUUGUUAAAGCAACGGCGGGGUGAUCUUUACCAAUUGGUAGAUGUUCAGAGGCUGAAGUCUCAGUGACUGGAGUGAGGAAUUGUAGAGGACUGCUCUGAUGCAUGGAAGGAUUUUCAUCCAGAAAGGUUACUGCAAUGAAAAAUGUGAGACCAUUAUAUUCUGAGACUCUAUUGCACAAACCAUUUCAGGUGUUGUAUAAUUGUAUGUGGUGAAUUGGAACUUGAAUUUCUGGCUAUAGAAUAAUGUAGUAUCAAAACAAAGGUUCUGAGUUCAAACAUUGUUUGUCAUUCAUUUUC